AUGAGUGCUUACGGUGCCGGAAAAGCAAAAGACACAGAUUUCAGACGUACAUGGAACAAAGAAGAAUAUGCAGCAAAAGCUAAAGCUCGAGAUUCACGCGAUCGUAAUGCCGAAAAGAAUGAUGAGCGCAAGAAACUCGGUUUACCUCCCUUAAAACCCCGUAGAGAAUAUAAAGAUGACGAUUCAAGCAAGGAAGCAUUGAAGCAUCGUGAAGAACGAGUUAACAUUGAGCAAAAUGUUGGUAAAAUCCAAGUUGUACAAGCUGCCGAUUCCAGAAAACAACCAGGCUUCUACUGUAAAGACUGUGAUGUCACAAUUAAAGACAGUGUCACUUACAUUGAUCACUUGAACGGAAGAAAACAUUUAAAUAAUGUUGGUGUCUCCGGAAAGGUUGAAAAAGCAGAUUUAAAUUCUGUGAAGGAACGUUUAGCCAUGUUAAAGAGAAAAAAGGAAAACCCAGAGCAAGAUGAAUAUAGUAAGUACUUGCUGUUAUUAUACAUAUUAAUUUUUUAUUUAACAUAUGAUUUAAAGAUCUUGACGAAAGGUUAG